UGCAAACUGCGCCCAUGCACACCACUUCAGUCGCGGGUUAACCCUCGUCCUGACAACUUGGGGUAAUCGAACGUUGGCUUAUUGCAAGUUGCAUGUCUACAAGCUGUAGAUGUCGAGAAGGUCGAUACACCCAUUCUUGCUAAACUAUAAGGAAAAAUCAAUGGUCGCCCAAUGAAUUGGCCACAGCGGCAACCCAUUGAUGGACCAUGACCCGGGACGGAGACAUCCCGACAAUCUUCAAUCCUCGUGGUCGAAAUCGUGCUCCAAGUGUUUUAGUGACCGAUGAAGGAGUGGCCAAUGGACCCUUUGCUCAUGCAGACUCCGUCAGUAGUCAACAGGAACCAGCAGAAAGUUCCUCUCCCACUGCCCCGACAGGACUCGCAGCCAAACUCAAAUCCUGUUCCAUUUCACUUUGUUCCAAAUCGGCACGGAAAAUUUACUUCGGGAUAUGGGUGACAAUCUGCGUGACAGCCUCUUGGGUGGGGGCCACCCACUGCAUAAAAUACUUGUAUCUGCAAAGGCCCAUCACCGACAUAGAUGAGGACCCUGUCUUAGUGCCCCACGACACCUCAGGCCUCAACAUGACUGCGCUCCAAAACCAGUAUGCAGCAUCAUAUCAAGCACCGUUCUUCACCACAUGGUUUGUGACAAACUGGACCAUGUUAUUCUUUCCUUUAUAUUUUCUAAGUCGGUUAAGCACAAAACGGUGCAAGUGCGCAUCCGAAAUCUUCACGGAAAGUAUACGAGGGUAUAGGGAUAAGGGGUUCACCGCAGUACGGUUUAUGACGAGGUGUAGCUUGUUUUGCCUGCUGUGGGUGGGCACAAACUACAUGUAUAUCUUGUCGCUGCGAAUACUUCUAGCAACCGAUGUUAUGGCGCUCUUUGCGACCAAUGUCUCCUUUGUGUACCUGCUGUCGUGGGUUAUUCUGCACGAGCAGUUUGUUGGUAUUAGGAUCAUGGCUGUGAUUAUUUGCGACACCGGCGUGGCGCUGCUGGCCUACAUGGACGGCAUCACCGGCAGCCCCACUUUAGGGGGCGUCGUGUUGGCAACUUCGGCAGCAGCAGGUUCAGCCGUGUACAAAGUCCUAUUUAAGAAAAUAAUCGGUGACGCCACUUACGGCCAAGUGGCUUUAUUUUUCUCGCUCAUAGGAAUGUUAAAUGCCGCCCUUUUGUGGCCGCUAAGUUUAGGGUUGUUUUUAACGGGGGUGGAAAGUUUGCACUGGGAUAAAUUACCCUGGCCGGCGCUACUUACAGCAAGUUCUCUUUCUCUAGUUGCCAAUUUAUUGGGGAACUUCAGCGUUGCCCUGACUUAUGACUUGUUUAUAACAUUAGGACUUAUAACCGCAGUUCCAGUUUCCGCAGCACUGGACGUGGUCUUGUACGGUGCUAACUUCGAAGGCAUGAAACUGGCCGGAAUGAUUCUCAUCGCUGUGGGAUUUUUCCUGGUGAUGUUCCCCGACAACUGGCCCGACUACAUAACACGGCUUCUAAGAAAAUCCACACGAUUCUUCCAAGGGAAGAAAUAUCAUCCUGUUGAGUCACAGUGCCAGGCCCUCCUUCUGCAAGCGAGAGGAUCCACAUCUGUCCCCGAAUCAUUAACACCCUCGCGACGUAUCACAUAAAAUGUGGAGCAGGCGGAACAGGCAUGGAAUGCAGGGAGCCCAUCGCAGGGACGUGGUGGAUUAUCGCACCGGUUAUAUACGUUCGCACCUGAGGUCGCCUUCGGGUAGGGUGAGGUGACCUAAUCCAACACCAAUGACCGACAUGAAGGAGUAUCUGCUCACUUCACUCUAGAGUUUUUCUGUUUUAGACCUAACGUUUUAUGUAUAAUAUUCCAACUGUAUCUUCUUUUAGUUAGUAUACUAACCGUUCAAUUACCGUACCAUAUCACUACGUUAUUACAGAGCUAAGUGUGCAAAAUAUGGACAUAUUCCGUACCAGUUUUUCCACAUUUAGGUCCGAUGAAAUAAUGUUCAGCUAAAGUGAUGGGUCCAAGCUUUUAAUUAAAAUUCUGCAAACAUAAAUACCUAUAAUAAAGCAAUAAUAUUGUAAAUAUUAGACCAGCAGUGUCAUUUAUACGUUCUUUAUCCCUGCUUAGACUGGCAUUGCCUGGAUAUUGAUGUUAUAGUUGAUAUACAAUAUAUUAAUACAAUUUAUAAAUCAAACUAGUUGAAUAUAAAUUUGUAUGUCUAGAAUAAUCUGUUAAAUUAAAAUCUUACUACAAGUAAUAUACAAUUUUUAUAAAUUUAGUACGUAAUGAUAAACGUUAAAUAUACACCAACAAGUAACAAAUAAAUCAAAAACUCCAAACAGUGUUCUGGUAAAUGAACAAUAAUAAAAGCAAGUUAAACCUUUGUAUUUUUAUUAGUUUAUUGUUAAAUAAAUAUUACAAGAAACUACAA